UGAGGUCGCAGCCCCGGCAGGCCUGGUCCCUUGAAAUGCACGUUCCUCGGGCGCCCUCUGGAGGACCGUGGAGGUAGCCGCCCGCGAAUGCCGAGCGAUGGCCACCGCCGCCCUGGGCAACGGGACACUGCAGACACAUUACAGCUACGUGGGGAAGCUGGAGGGCCGGCUGAAGGACUCCUCGGAGAGCAACACGCUCACCACCGUGUUCGCCCUGGUCAUCUGCAGCUUCAUCGUCUUGGAGAACUUGAUGGUUCUGAUCGCUAUCUGGAAAAACAAUAAGUUUCACAACCGCAUGUACUUCUUCAUCGGCAACCUUGCUCUCUGUGACCUGCUGGCCGGCGUGGCCUACAAGGUCAACAUCCUGAUGUCAGGCAAGAAGACGUUCAGCCUGUCGCCCACCGUCUGGUUCAUCAGGGAGGGCAGCAUGUUCGUGGCACUGGGCGCGUCCACCUGCAGCUUGCUGGCCAUCGCCAUCGAGCGGCACCUGACCAUGAUCAAGAUGCGGCCUUAUGAUGCCAACAAGAAGCACCGCGUCUUCCUGCUGAUUGCCAUGUGCUGGCUCAUCGCCUUUUUGCUGGGCUCCCUGCCCAUCCUGGGCUGGAACUGCCUGCACAACCUCCCUGACUGCUCCACCAUCUUACCCCUCUACUCCAAGAAGUACAUUGCCUUCCUCAUCAGCAUCUUCAUUGCUGUCCUGGCCACCAUCGUGAUCCUGUAUGCACGCAUCUACUGCCUGGUCAAGUCCAGCAGCCGCAAGGUGGCCAGCCACCACAACUCGGAGCGCUCCAUGGCCCUGCUGCGCACCGUGGUGAUCGUGGUAGGUGUAUUCAUCACCUGUUGGUCCCCACUCUUCAUCCUUUUCCUCAUCGACGUGGCCUGUAAGGUGAAGGAGUGCCCCAUCCUGUUCAAGGACCGGUGGUUCAUCGUACUGGCUGUCCUCAACUCCGCCAUGAAUCCCAUCAUCUACACACUGGCCAGCAAGGAGAUGAGGCGUGCCUUCUUCCGUCUCGUGUGCACCUGCUUGGUCAGGGGCCAGGGGACCCGUGCCUCGCCCGUCCAGCCAAAUCUCGACCCCAGCAGAAGCAAAUCAAGCAGCAGCAACAAUAGCAGCCACUCCCCAAAGAUCAAGGAGGACCUGCUGCACACGGCUGUCUCAUCGUGCAUCGUGGACACGAGCAAAACACUGCAGAACGGGAUCCUUUGCAAGUGAACCGCCACACGGCUCACUGUGCGGCCCCAUCUUAUUUAUUCCAUGUGUGACUGCAUCUACGCGGGCCUUCUUGUGGCCGCUUGAUGGAUGUCCGCUGGUCUGCCUUGUAGGCACACUGCUAGGGAGGGGACCUAGGGAACUGCCAGCCUGUGCCGUGGAGGACAUCAUGCCUCGUCUGUUUGAGGCUGCAGGUACUUGGAAUUUACUAAGUUGCUGACAUCAUCCACUCCCUCCCAUUCGAUCACAGAGCCCACUGUUCUCGAAGAGGGUAGUCAGGGACCAUACCACACACACA